CAAUAAAUUCGACUGCCAAAGUGCAGCUCUAGUAAUGUCUUGAAUGGAUUGUGGGAAAGUCAGUGUUUUGGAAAAAACAAAUUAAAAAGUGGGCGAUUUGUUACUACUUUUGUGAUAUUGAAAACAUUUUUGAUUUUUUUAUUAAUAGUUAGUGGAUAAAAAAUAUUAUGCAUAUUUCGCAACAAUAAAAAUGCAUUUUUCCAUUCCUGAUUUGCAACAAUUUCACGACGACAAUGGAAUUUCUUACACGGGCUACAACAUACAUAUUGAUGGAGUCUUCCACUGCACAGCUAGGUACAAACAGCUGCUCAGCCUUCAUGAGCAGCUACAAGCUCAAAAUCCCUAUGUGAAACUGCCACAAUUUCCACCCAAAAAGUUAUUUCUCACCAACUCGCAGCUAGAAGAAAGGAGGGUCUUGUUGGAAAAGUAUAUGCAACUCGUUGGCCAGAAUCCAUUGUUCACAUCAUCAGAUCUUCUGGUAACAUUCCUGUUCUCGGCUCAACAAGAAACGCAUGGUGUAAAGAUGCAUGAGGUAGAGAUUGAAAUAUCACUGAUGAAUGGUUACAGAAUACCAUUGUCAGUCUCUUCCACUGAUUCAUCAAACACAAUAUUAGACAUUGUAUGCACCCAACUAAACCUGCCAAAGGAGCUGGUAAAAUACUUUUCCUUAUACCUUUUUAAUUGGAGCUGUGCAAAAGAUGGACAACCAGCAUUAAAAAAAUUGGAAGAAUAUGAAUCUCCUUACAUAUCUCAAAAGUAUGUUAGGCCAGAAGAUAAAAUUGUUUUGAGGAAAAGCUACUGGGAUCCUUGCUAUGAUGUUGAUUUAAUGAUAGACAGGGUGUCUUUGGACCUAUUGUACCUGCAAACUAUAGAAGACUUGGACUUAGGAUGGAUAACAGCUGACCCACAAACUAGAGACAUGCUGUCCUCAUACAAAUCUAAGAAACAAAAGAGAGAGUAUGUAGAACUAGCGAAGUCGUUACGCCACUAUGGGAGGAUACCGGCAGGUGAGGCGGUGACGGAACUGAACAACGUGACAGACGGUGCUCCGGAAGGCACUUGUCGAGUUCGCGUGUCCCUCGCCUCGAAGGAGCUCACGCUGCUCAGCCUCACGCCGCCUGCACGAGAACAGCGAUACAAGGUUACCAGGAUGCGAUGCUGGAGGAUCACUACUCUUCAUACCAUUGAAAGGUCGCCAGCUCAAAAUGGACACGGUGCCCUUCUAGAGGAUUCGAACAGGAACUUUGAGUUGUCAUUUGAAUAUCUCAUCAGUAAGGACAACUUGAAGUGGAUUACGUUGAGGACAGAACACGCGACGUUCAUUAGCGUCUGUUUACAGUCAAUCGUGGAUGAAUUGAUGCGCCAGAAAGCAGGCGAGGGCCCAGCAUCACCGCGGUGCAAUAAGCGAGGCAGCCUAACGUACCUGCGACGCGACGGCUCCAGUCAAGUCAUCACACCAUCUUCCUCCAGCGAUACCCUCAGCUCUACUAACGGAGACUCUGGUACCUCCGGUAGUUCGAGAGAGAUAUUUUCUGUGCAGAAGUUGACAGAAAAGUUUGCGACUGUCUCCUUCAAGCCCGGCAGAGAGUGCGUCGAGAACAACGCGUUCGAAGCCAUAGGAGACGAGGAACUGUAAGGGCUACAACACUCGAAUUUAAAUACAAUAAUGUUUUCCAAAGAAAAUUUAUUACUCGGAAACAAAGUUGCCAAUAAUUAUGUGUAGAGAAAAUUGUAAAAAUUGUAUACAUAUUUGCAUUUUUUCGUAUUUUGUACAGAAUAUUUUUUUAUCUAAUUGUCUUUUUAGAUAGUUAUACAUUUUACCUAACUUUUAUCUACUAUGUAGUAUGUGUUGCAAGCGUUCAUAGGCCACGGUAACCACUUACCAUCAGGUGGGCCGUGUGCUUUUCUUGCCACCGUAGUGGUAUAAAAAAAGUCGGCUAUGAACUCUGUAUAUCAAAUUGUACGUCAUAUCAAUAUUGUUAAACAGUCUACAUACUUGCCAUAUUAUGUAAGUGUAUUUUCUAGUUACUAAGUAACAUUUUUUUGUAUCUUCUAACAUUUUGCUCAUGAUUUUCUCAAUAAUUGUUUAUUGUGUUUUAUUAUAAGUAAAAGCAAUCGCAUAUAUCAGUUUUCGGAUCUUAGAAAUAUUCUGGCAGACGCAGAUAUAAUGUGAAGUUUAAACCGACCGAGAAAAUGGCAGUCCGUCCGUCAGAUGACUCGCAGAAAGGCAAAAACUAUAAACUCAUAGAAAUUAAUGGUUUAUAUCAUGAAAUGAAAUAAUAAAAAUAUUUCUUAUUCCAUUAUUAUCUUAAAAAAACUGAUUUUCUUAUAAGUAAUUCCUAAUCAAAAGACUAUAAAUAUAUUCUGAGACUAUACAUUACUUUUAUUCUGUAGUAAAAAGUUUUGAAUGCAUGUGUAAUUAAUAAUUAUUAGUCUGAUAUCUACAGGUUUUUCCAAUAGGUAGUACCCUGUAUUAUCAGUAGUGAAUUAUGGCCAUUAAUCCAUAAUCAUAUGCAUGUACUUUGUAGAAUAAUUCAAGAUCUCGCCUGAUUUUAUAUUACAUUUUGUCAUUAUAUGUAUUAUCCAAUCUGAACCAAUAUAACUAUUACUAUACAUAUACCAUAGUAGAAUAGUUCGUAUGGAUUAUAGUGAUACAAUACGUAAGUAAUCAGAUUAAACAUAACAAAUACACAAUUAUAUGUUUAGUAAUUUAGAACAAAAAUAUAAAAUGUCGUCGUAAUAUAUGUUCUCUUGUUCAUAGCAUACAUUAGAUUUAAACUUUAGAUUCUGUGAAUAUUACAAUGCAUUUUUAUUAACUUCUCUCUGUAUAAGGCUACAAAGUCGUUUUUGCAAUGUCUCUACUGCUUUUCUAAAUGUCUAUUUAAAUAAUGUUGUAGAUGAAUUACAUAAUGGAUGUUUGUACAGAACUUAAUAGAAACUGAGUCUUUCUAAACUUUAGGGCUUAAAAUUCUUUUGAAUUAUCGGCUUUACUGAAGAAAGAUGUUAAUAUUACCCUCAAUUUAGCUCUCUUCCUUUUAUAGGUAGCCCAAUAGUGCCCACUGUAUUUGUACUAUUCCCUGUGGUAAUUUAGAAGUUUUGAGAUUGGACAAGGUUUUUAUCAGACUAUAAUACUAAUGUAUGCUAACAUCAUACUGUAUGAAUGCAAUCAAUCAUAAUGUAACGAAUGAAAAAGAAUGGACCCACAACUGAACCUUGGAGAACUCCUAAGAUAUUACUUCGUAUUCCAUUAAUAGUUUUAUUAUUACAAUUUCGAGAUUAUCAAUGACUUUUUUGGCUGGCUCCAAUGGCAUUUUCAUAUUAUAGUAUACGGUUUUUGUUGAAUAAAGUAUGUAUCAUAUCAAUUGCAAUAAGUUUAUAAUAAUAACUUACGGUCACACUUUACGAUCUCCGGCCACCGUAAGCGCGGGCCUGCG